AUGGCCGCCAAAUUCUCCGAGAUUGAAAUGCUAUCCCUUCGUCAGCUCCUUGUCCAGCUCAAGGCUACACAGGACAAACAGGACAAGCUUGAUAAGGCCAACCAGCCCGACACCAGUUCCUCAGAGACACAGCAACAGCAGCAUCAGAAAAAUCGAAAGGUGGCUGGAAUCACAGAGGCAACGUUUGUGGAAUAUCUAGGGUUCCCAGAAGACCAUUGCCGUGCAGGACAUCUCUUCUUCCGCUCAUUCUACAACCUCGCCGUCCACCCCGACAGUCCAGACUCGUUCCCCUCGCGUGAAACACCACACAACCUCGUUCUUCGUGACUUCAUCAAACCAUUGGCCCUCUACUGCAAUAAAAUCGACCAAAACAUCCUCCACGAUGUCAAGCCACUCAAGGCCAUCUUCGAAUCGUUCGCCGAGGCGGCUCCCAAGGACCAUCAGCCUUCAGAACCUGCUGCCGAUAACCACCACAUCAACAGCACCGAUAAAGAAAACACACUACCGCGAGAAGGACGGGGAUCGCUAAAAAAAUCAAAGACUAUGGAGGAUUCCCUCAAGGACUUGACUCUCCAGUCCAACUUUGAAUGGAACCCAGACGAGGAUUUCAGUAUCGAACAGGGGCCCCCAAUCAAGGCGACCGAUCUGGUGGAAGUCCUGGUUGGACUCUUCUGGCUCAUCCAACGACUCCUCCAAGAUCCAUCCGGAAAGACUGCACCACACACAGAGGCGACCAGGCGAUCCAAUCGACAGCGAGCUGCUCAAAUUGUGGAACAAAUUAUUCAAUACAGUCGAACUUUGACCGACCUCCACGAACCCAUCGACAUUAGAACAGAGACGAUCGACUUUAACAUGUUCUCAAAGUUCACUACUCGCAACGCGCCCCAUAUCUUUGAUGUCCUGUCGCCAUACUUUUACAGCAUCUUUUUGAUCGGCAACACCCUCAACCGUGCAGCAACACCCACCGCCACAACAGUCGGAAAACUGGUCCUGCCAGGAGCCUCCCCGAUCCCCACUCUCAACACCACAUCCGAUAUCCUCACUCCAGAAAACAUCGCCCUUAUCUCAUGGUUUGUACCCUUCAAGACAGCGUCGCCUACCCUGACGUGUCUGUACAAUGGAAGCACACAUGGAUUCAGCAUGAACCAGUUUGAGGUUCACGUCUGCAAGUACCCAGCCCCGACGCUGCUUCUCUUACUAGUCGAGCGACAGAUAUCAGCCACCCCAACAAUGACCAGGCGACAGUCCAUCUCGUUUGGAACCUCUUCCUCCCGACAGCGCAAUUCUAUCAGCAACAAUUCUCCUCCCUACAACUCGCUAUGGGAGUCGAGCGGUCGCAGGUCUUCAUUCGAUAAACUGGCGGGUCGCUCCCCUACCACGCCACUUUCUGCAGGAAGCACUCUCAACACCAUCCUGGACGAGCCGUCAGCAGAGGCAGCACUAAACGCCCAAGGGGACGACACUGAAACGAGCCCGACCAAAGUCACGCCCAGGAAGGCUCACAAGGAGAGGAUGAUCCUGGGCGCCUACGUGACCGAGACCUGGAAGGUGUCCAAGUCAGGAUGGGGCAACGCCUCGUUUGCACUUUUCGAACUCUCGCCGUGUUUCGAGGUCUUUCCUGCGAAAAAGUCGUCAAGCUCAGGAUCGACUACAACGGGUGCACCAUGUACAGCGCCUUCAAUGCCGGGUGGUCGAACAACGCGCACCAGUCCAACAAUUGGUAGUGGAGCAUCACCAGUACUCGGCAACCGGGAUUACAUCCACUUUCUUAAAAACGCAGGUGUCGGUUUCGGUGGGCGGGAAUCCGAGAGCUGCAUGCUCUACAUGGAUGACAACCUGCGGUACGGCAACUACAGACAGGAUUUCGCAGGCGGCAACGUGUACAUGAGUGCAGGAGGCGCUCGACGGUCUGGAUUCGAGGUUGAUUUUGAGAUUGUCGAGUGUGAGGUUUGGGGACUGGGUGGACCCGAGGCCAAAGCGCGACAGCAAAAGGACUGGGACUUUGAGCAGCGUGAGGCCAACCGUCGCGCGACUGUUCACCUCCGUAGCAAGGAUGGCGAACAAGACAUCGACCGCGACCUUUUGGUAGGUUAA